GGCCAUUUUGAUAUUGAAACCGGGAGUUUCGGAGGUGUGCAGCUAGUAAAAUCAACUCAACCCUGACUUUAGUUAUUAUUAUCAGCUCUGUUUUUUCAUACGCAACAAAGAUUAACACGAUGGUCUCUGUAAAACGGGAGAGAGAACUUGACUUUGAAGACGAUGAAGUGCCUGUGAAAGUAGGCCGUUCAUCUGAGGAUCACAGAAGUCGCCACUGUCCCUACCUCGACACAAUCAAUAGGAGUGUGCUGGACUUUGAUUUUGAGAAGCUGUGCUCCAUCUCGCUCUCCCACAUCAACGUCUAUGCUUGUCUCAUCUGUGGGAAAUACUUCCAAGGUAGAGGUCUGAAGUCCCAUGCCUAUACUCACAGUGUGCAGUUCACCCACCAUGUGUUCCUCAAUCUGCACACACUUAAGUUCUACUGUCUGCCAGAUAACUACGAGAUCAUUGACUCAUCGCUGGAAGACAUCACGUAUGUACUGAAGCCCACAUUCACCAGACAGCACAUCUCUGGAUUGGACAAGCAGGGCAAGCUGUAUCGAGCCUAUGAUGGCACCACCUAUCUGCCUGGCAUAGUGGGGCUCAACAACAUCAAGGCUAAUGACUACGCUAAUGUGGUGCUGCAGGCCCUGUCCAAUGUGCCCCCACUGCGGAACUACUUUCUGGAAGAGGAGAAUUACUGCGGCAUCCGUAGGCCACCUGGUGACAUCAUGUUCCUGCUGGUGCAGCGAUUCGGUGAGCUGAUGCGCAAGCUGUGGAACCCCCGGAACUUCAAGGCCCACGUGUCACCCCACGAGAUGUUGCAGGCUGUAGUGCUGUGUAGCAAGAAGAACUUCCAGAUCACCAAGCAAGGGGAUGCUGUGGACUUUCUGUCCUGGUUCAUGAACGCUCUGCAUGGUGCACUGGGAGGAACCAAGAAGAAACCUUCAAGCCUCACCAAAGUGUUCCAAGGUUCCAUGCGUAUAUUCUCCAAGAAGCUUCCUCAUCCAGAUUUGCCACCAGAAGAGAAGGUCGCUCUGCUGUUGAAGGAGGAGUACCAGGAGGAGAUGUCGGAGUCCACCUUCCUCUUCCUGACCCUUGACCUUCCCACAGCCCCACUGUACAAGGAUGAGAAGGAGCAGCUCAUCAUCCCACAGGUCCCCCUCUUCAACAUCCUGGCCAAGUUUAACGGCAACACAGAGAAGGAGUAUAAAACCUAUAAAGAGAAUUUCCUCAAAAGGUUCCAGUUGCUCAAGCUGCCUCCCUAUCUCAUCUUCUGCAUCAAGAGGUUCACCAAGAACAACUUCUUUGUGGAGAAGAACCCCACCAUCGUCAACUUUCCCAUCACGAAUGUAGACCUUCGUGAGUACCUGACAGAAGAGGCACAGGUCACAGAGAAGAACACCACCUAUGACCUGGUGGCCAAUGUGGUGCAUGAUGGGAAGCCCACUGAGGGGGCAUACAGAAUGCAUGUCCUGCAUCAUGGCACUGGGAAGUGGUACGAGCUCCAGGACUUGCAGGUGACGGAUAUCCUGCCCCAGAUGAUCACACUGUCGGAGGCCUACAUUCAGAUAUGGAAAAGAAGAGAGAACGAAGAUGACACAACUAACCACACAGGGGCGUGAAUAAGGCAUUGAAAGAUUGAUUGUACAGGAGAGAGAGAUGUCAUAUGCCGGCCAGUGGUCAGACGAGCCCCAAAAAGCCACUAGAGUGGAACUGGACACGGUUCAAGAUGACCUCAGGGUAAGCCCCCACCACAUGAGGACCAGGACUUUUUAUUGGUGGAUUUUGGAUAGAGAAAACAAUGUCUACUAUUUUUUUUGUUCUUCAACUUUUAACUGUAAAUGGUGGAAUAAACCAGCUUUGAAAUGUC